CGGCAACACUGAUUGGAGAUUAGACUUUGAUCUGUUUAUUGAUUGAUUAAGAUAGAAGAUUUAUUACAAUUUGAUUAUCUAUUUUUGUUGACUUAAAUAUUAAUUAACAAUGGCGUUGAAAGGUAUUAAAGUUAUAGAAAUGAUAGGAUUAGCUCCAGGUCCAUUUUGUGGAACAAUAUUAGCAGAUUUUGGGGCAACAGUAACAAUUGUUCAAAAGUUGUAUCCUCCUCCCAUAGAAAUAAUGUCUAAUGGUAAAAAAGUCAUUGCUGUUAAUUUGAAAACAAAAGAAGGGGUGGAAAUAUUGAAAAAGUUGUGUACCACAUCAGAUGUUUUAUUAGAUACAUACAGACCAGGUGUCCUUGAAAAGUUAGGAUUGGGUCCUAAGUUACUUUUAAAAGAAAAUCCAAGAUUAAUUUAUGCCCAAUUAACAGGGUAUGGUCAAAGUGGUUAUUAUAGAAAUAAAGCAGGUCAUGAUAUAAAUUAUGUUGCUAUGUCUGGUUUACUUUCUAAGCUCACUAAAAAUGGCCAGCCUCCUCAACCACCACUGAAUCUCAUAGCAGAUUUUGCUGGUGGUAGUGUUAUAUGUGUUCUAGGAAUACUUUUAGCUUUAUUAGACAGAACAAGAUCUGGAAAGGGACAAAUUAUAGAUGCAAGUAUGACCGAAGGUGCUGCUUAUAUUGGAGCUUGGAUAUAUAAAUCACAAAAUAUAGAUUUAUUUAGUAAGGAACCUGGUUCAAAUAUGUUGGAUGGUGGUUACCCAUUUUAUACAACUUACAAAACAAAAGAUAAUAAAUUUAUGGCAGUUGGAUCAUUGGAACCUCAAUUCUAUGCUAAUCUUUUAGUAGGACUAAAUUUAUCCAAAGAAAUAUAUACUCAAGGUAAUAAAGAUAUUUGUAAAAAAAAAUUUGAAGAAAUUUUCUUGACAAAAACACAAGAGGAAUGGAGUACAAUUUUUGAAAAUUUAGAUGCUUGUGUUACUCCAGUAUUAGAUAUAGAUCAAGUAGGUAAAAAUAUGUGUCAUUCGACACGAAAAUCAUUUUAUAAAGAUGAAGAAAAUUACUUUCAGCCAGAACCUGCCCCAAAAUUAUCUAAUUCGCCAGGAAUUGCUAGUGGAAAACAAAAACCUCCAAAGCAUGGAGAACAUACAGUUAUGGUAUUAAAAGAAUUAGGAUAUACAAACUCAAAAAUACAAGACUUAAUUAAAAACAGUUGUGUAUAUGCUUAUACUAAUUCACAUCUGUAAUUAUUUCUUAAUUUAAGGAUUCAUUAAUGGUUUGUUCAAUAUUUAAUAAUUCAAGUGCUAUAUUGGGUGAUAUAAUAUUUUUAAGGAACAAGUGAUGGUUUUGUAUUGACUGAAUUAUUUUUAAUAUAAUUUUUAAAUCAAAA